UUCCGUCUUAUAUGAGGAACGGGUUAUAUGAGGAACGGGUCUUCCCUCGAUCGGUUGAUUCCCCGACGUCCUUCGUCGUCUCUUCCUCCCUUAGUCGUCUCUUCCUCCCUUCGUCGAGCCUUCGUCUUUUGUAUCCGCUUCCGUAUUCAUUUCCCCCUGUAUCUCACGUCCGAUCUCCUUUGAGCUCCUUUCUGUGAGAUUAAUUUUAAGUCGUUGCGUCCAUAAGGUUAGGGCAUCUGGUUAGAUCGAUGGAGGGGAACAGUUGGAGGCCGGCUCAGGGGGAGCCACCGUCCAUGCCAGAUGCGAGCUCCGGUGACUGGAGGAGCCAACUCCAGCCCGAGGCGCGCCAAAGAAUCGUGAAUAAGAUAAUGGAGACUUUGAAGAGGCAUCUUCCAAUCUCUGUGCCUGAAGGUCUAAAUGAACUUCAGAAAAUUGCUUUUCGGUUUGAGGACAAGAUAUAUACUGCAGCUGCAAAUCAGUCUGAUUAUUUGAGAAAAAUUUCUCUAAAAAUGCUGUCAAUGGAGAGUAAGUCUCAACAUCCUGGAGGACCUGGACAAAUCAACCCAGCCAUUAACCAGAAUUCUGUAGAUCCAGCAUCUAUUGGUUUACCAGCUCAAGUUAGUAACCAAGGGCAACCUAUUACUACUGUGAAUCCAUCAUCAACAAGGCAGCAACCUCAGAAUAUGCAGCAUAACUCUUCAAUUGGGUCACAAACUACUUCCAGUCUACCUUCUGCAUUGUCAUCCAUCGCUGGUCUCAGUCAGUCCAAUAUAUCCAGUGUGAGCCAGUCUUCUAGCUUGAACAUGACUGGCAUAUCACAGAAUUCUAUCUCAAACUCAUUGGGGCAAGCUGCAGCAACAGAUAUCUAUUCAACUGCACAAAGGCAAAUUCAGGGAAGGCAGCAACAACAAGUGCUUUCCCAGCAGCAGCAUCAAUCACAAAACCAAUUUGUUUACCCACAUCAGCAUCUCCAACAACAGUUACUGAAACAGAAACUUCAACAAUCUGCAUUUUCACAAUCUCAUGUUCAACAGCAAUCUCUCUUGCAACAAACAACACAACUGCAAUCUUCUCAACAGCCUCUAUUACCAAUAGCAUCUAAUCUUCAGUCAGGCCAAUCCGGUAUCCAGCAAACACAAUCUGGAGCGAUCCAGUCAGUUGUUCAGUCUGGCCUAUCCCAAAAUCCCUUAAAUUCAGUUCAGCAAUCAGGACAGUCUUUGCUUCAACAACAUCCACAACCAGUUUCCAGACAACAACAACAACAACUAUCACAGUCUAACAUCCUUCAACAAACGCCACUGCAACAGCAGCAAAUGUCAGCUCCUCAACACUCAAAUUUACCGAUGCAGCCACACCAGCAGUUAAUGGGUCAGCAAUCAAGUAUCUCAAAUGUUCAACAGUCCCAGAUGGUUGGGCAACAAACAAGUGUCAAUGAAAUGCAGCAACAACCACAGCGAAUGUCAACUCAACAGCAUAAUCUUUUAAGCAUGCAACAGUCCCAGCAUUUAUUGAAUCAACAGUCAAUGUCUUUACAUCAGCAGCAGGUGCUAGGCUCUCAAACUAACAUUUCAGGGCUUUCUCAGCAGCAGCAGCAGCAGCAACAACAACAACAACAACAAAUACUUGUACCAUCAUCUAAUGUAUCAAAUAUGCAGUCACAUCAGCGCCCUAUGCAUAUGCUUCAACAAGCUAAGCCUGCUGUACAGCAGCAGCAGCAAAACCAACAGGCACCUUUGGCAAUGCUACAAGCACAAGGUCAGCCUCAGAAUCAAUCUUUACAGCAGCAACAGAUUUCUCAUAUCCAAUCGCAGUCGGCACCACUUCAACAACAGUUAGUACAACAUAUGAGUUCAUUGCAAAGAGAUAUGCAACAAAGAGUUCCGGCUUCUGGUUCCUUACUUUCCCAGAAUGCGAUUGAGCACCAGAAGCAAUUUGUUCAAUCACAAAUAGGGAUUUCAGAGGUGUCCUCUAGUUCAACACUGGAUUCAAUAGCACCAACAGGACAUGUUGCAGUUGCUGAUUUGCAGGAGGAGAUCUACCAAAAGAUUAGGUCCAUGAAAGAUAUCUACUAUGCUGACCUGAAUGAGUUUCACCAACGAAUUUGUAUGAAGUUGCAGCAGAAUGAUGCUCUGCCAUCAGCAAAGGCAGCAGAACAAUUUGAGAAAAUGAAAAAUUUUAAGAUGAUGUUAGAACGCACAUUGCAAGUAUUGCAGUUAUCCAAGGCUAAUAUCAGUCCAAGUCUGAAGGAUAAAAUUCCUAUGUAUGAGAAGCAAAUUCAAAAUAUUCUAUCUUCAAAUAAGAAAAAGGUUAUCCCUUCACAGGCACCCGGACAGCAACAAUUUCAGCAUCCCAGUAGCCAUUCUCAAUUAGUGCAACAGCAGCAACAAACUCAAAUUUCUCAAUUGCAACAACAUGACAACUAUGCAAAUCAACAAAAUAAUAUUCAGGGUUCUUCAAAUUCAAUGCAGACACCUGCUGUGCAAAACAUGCAACAUGGUUCUGUGCCAUUAUCUGCACAUUUUGGUGUCACAACUCAACAGAAUAUCUCAAAUGCAUUACAGACUGGUUCGACAAUCGAUCCUGCCCAAGGAAAUUCUUUUAGUUCAUUGCAGCAGGGAGCAAUUGCUCCUAUGCAGCAAGGUGGUCUGGUAUCGGCCCAUAAUUCCAUUGCUCAACAGACCAAUGCUAAUGGUAUGCCAAAUGGCUCAUUGAGUUCAUUGCAAAACAAUGUAAAUACCAAGCAGCCAAGUUCUAAUGUGAUACAACAGCAGCAUUUCAAACAGGAGCAGCAGCAUCUGAUGUCAAAUCCACAGCUAAAGCAAUUACAACAACGACAUGUGCAACAACAUUUGCUUCAGCAACAACAAAAGCAGCAACAACUUCAAGCUCAACAGCCUCUGCAGCAACAGUUGCAGCAGCAACAACAAAAACAACAGCAAACCUCUCAGAUGCCAUUGCACCAAAUGCAACAGAUCCAUCAAUCAAGUGAAGUCGGUGACUUGAAGUUGAGACAAGCACCUGGCAUUAAGCCAGGCCUUUAUCAACAACAUUACUCAACUACUCAAAGACAUGGUUAUCAUCAAGUGAAACCAGGUGCUGCUUUCCCAAUUUCAUCGCCUCAAAAUUUUCAAGCCUCAUCUCCUCAAGUUUCUCAUAAUUCUUCUCCUCAAAUUGACCAGCACACUCUGCUAUCAUCUCAAAUAAAAUCUGGAACACCUUUACAGUCAGCUAACUCACCUUUUGUCCCAUCUCCAUCCACUCCUAUAGCCCGCUCCCCAAUCCCAGGUGAAUCUGAUAAACUUUCUAGCUUCACAUCUCUACCUAAUGCUGGACAUGUUGGACAUCAACAAACAGCUAUAACACCUCCUCAAUCUCAAUCUCAAUCUCAAUCUCUUGCUGUUGCUACACCUGGAAUAUCAGCUUCACCUUUGCUGGCAGAAUUUACAUCUCCAGAUGGCAAUCAGACUAAUGUUCAAAAUUUGGUUCCUGGGAAAGCAAGUGCCACAGAGAGGCCUCUUGAACGUUUAAUAAAAGUGUUACAAUCAUCAACACCCAAGGCUCGGAGCUCAGCUGUUAGUGAUAUUGGUUCUGUUGUUAGCAUGAUAGACAGGAUAGCUGGUUCUGCACCAGGUAAUGGUUCUAGAGCUGCUGUUGGUGAGGAUUUGGUUGCAAUGACAAAGUGUCGUUUACAAGCCAGGAGUUUCAUGUCUCAAGAUGGAAGUGCCACUACAAAGAAAAUAAAGCGUGAUACAAGUGCCAUGCCCUUGAAUAAUGUUUCAUCUGCUGGUAGUAUAAACGAUAGCUUUAAGCAAUCUUAUGGACUUGAUACAUCUGAACUAGAGUCCACUGCUACAUCACGUGUUAAUCGACAAAAAGUUGAGGUAAACCAUGCCUUAAUUGAAGAGAUAAGGGAGAUAAACCAACGGCUAAUUGUUACCGUCGUUAACAUUAGUGAGGAGGGUACUGAUUCAAUUUCUGCUGCUUCGGAAGGUGACGGAACAAUAGUGAAGUGUUUCUUCAAUGCUGUGGCUCUAUGUCCAAGCUUAAAGUCUCAAUUUGUCUCGGAAGAUAUGGGUCCAAUUCUACCUCUGAGAUUGCUUGUUCCUGCUAAUUAUCCCAAAUCUUCCCCUGUUCUUUUAGACAAGCUUCCAGAUGAACAAAGGGAAUCCGACGACCUUUCUGUGAAGGCUAGAUCAAGAUUUGUCAUCAAUCUUCGCAGCUUGUCACAACCAAUGUCACUAGGAGAAAUGGCAAAGACGUGGGAUGCUUGUGCUCAAAGAGUAAUUACUGAGUAUGCACAGCAGACUGGCGGAGGUACCUUCAGCUCAAGAAAUGGCGCUUGGGAAAAUUGUGUAGGUGCUUGAUUGCAAAUGUUUGACGUUGCAGUGUCUACGGUUAACGGAAGUUGAAGAAAGUGUGCUUUUUGAUGGAUUUAUUUUAUUCCUGUUGUAAUCCAUAUUUAUCACUUGUAGUGCACGGUUGUAAAGCUGGUAUGUUAGGGAAAGUUUAAUAGGAUGACGCUUGCACGAUGUGAUUAAUUUGUCUACUCUGGUAGCAGCAGAUCAGACGGUGUUUGUUUUUCAUGGGCAGUAGAUAUCCAUAUAAUUAAAUAGCAUGCAAUGGUAAAGGUGUAAACAAGUGUGUUCAAAUUUGAUUAUUUAUUUAUUUAUCGAACUUGUUCUAA